AUGGAUUUGAAGUCGUCUCAUGCUUCUCCUGUUCUUACUGAUCCUGUUCCAAUAACCAAGUCAAGACUAGGAAUGCAUUCUGGUCUCAUAAGUUACUCCCAGCAAGAUUCAUCUCUCUCAUCCCUCUCUCCUGUUAAGUAUCCAAGAAAUGGUUCGAGAAAAAGCUCAGGAAACCUUGAUGAUGUUCGUUCUAAUGGUUGGCUCGACGCCAUGAAAGCUUCUUCACCUCCUAGGAAGAAGCAGCCCACCAAAGGCUUCAACUCUCACAUGGAUUCCGAGCAAGACUAUCGCUCCUGGUUGCUGGAUUAUCCUUCAGCACUGGAAUGUUUUGAGGAAAUGAUUGAGCAUGCGAAGAACAAGAAGAUUGCAAUGUUCCUAGACUACGACGGAACUCUUUCACCCAUAGUGGAUGAUCCAGAUUGUGCUUUCAUGUCUGAAGCUAUGCGUAGUGUAGUGAGGGAUGUGGCAAAGUGUUUUCCUACGGCAAUCAUCAGUGGAAGAAGCCGAGACAAGGUUUACGACUUGGUUAAAUUAACGGAACUGUACUAUGCUGGUAGCCAUGGGAUGGACAUUAUUGGGCCUGCCUGUCACAAUCUGUCCAAUAGCCAUCCAGACAGUGUUAAGUCCACUGACCAGCAGGGAAAGGAGAUAACUCUGUUUCAACCUGCGAGAGGAUUCCUGCCCAUGAUUGAUGAGGUUUUCAAAAGGCUGGUGGAGAUCAGUAAAGAUAUAAAAGGUGCAAAGGUUGAGAACCACAAGUUUUGUGUUUCUGUACAUUAUCGUAAUGUAGAAGAAAACAAUUGGACACUUAUUGGACAACUUGUGCAUGACAUGUUAAAAGAUUACCCUCUUUUACGUUUAACACACGGACGCAAGGUUUUAGAGGUUCGUCCUGUGAUAGAUUGGAACAAAGGAAAAGCGGUUGAAUUUUUACUUGACUCCCUGGGUUUAAGUGAACGGGAUGACGUGCUUGCCAUCUACAUAGGAGAUGAUAAGACCGAUGAGGAUGCUUUCAAGGCGUUGAGAGAGAGCAGAGGAGGCUAUGGGAUCUUAGUUUCCUCCACCAGAAAACAAAGCAAUGCCUUCUAUUCUCUGCGGGACCCAUCUGAGGUCAAGAAAUUUUUGGAGAUGUUGGUGAAUUGGAAGAUGGAAGAAGAAAAUAAGCAACAAAAGAAGAGCCAUUCAUUUUGA